CGAAGGCGUGACCUCUCUGCUUUCAUUUCAUCUUACGGCCUCUGCCUCUGCCUCUCUCUCUCUCCCCUCCCUUCGUCGUCCUCUGUCUCGGAGCAGAAGGGCAUUGAUUGCUGCUGUCUCUCUUUGGCAUGGCGCCUGUUUUCGUUUUCUGAAACUGUAACUCUUCCCGUCCCCCCCCCUCUCUCUCUCUCUCUCUCUCUCUCUACUCAUAUUAAGUGUAAGGAUUGGAGGCCGAGAUGUCUCCCUGCCUCACUGUUCCUCACUGCAAUUAUUCCAACCUCCAAACAAUUCUCUGCCGCCUUUGAGGCUCCUAGCAGACACCAUCAACGCCACCACUCACGCUCCCUUUCUCUUUCUCUCUCGAAGAAAGAUAUAUAUUGAUCGACAGAAUGGAAAGAUGGAGGCUGGACAAGAAAGAGGAGAGGUUCCCCAGAAACCCGUCCUUCUCAUCUGCCCUCCUUGACGCCAUUUACAGGUCCACCGACGACGCCGACGGUGAGCUCUGCCUCUACCGGAAGUCCACCACCACCACCACUACCACAACCACAACCACCACCGGCACCGCCAUGCCGCGGGAUGUCGAAUGUACGUCCAAGCGAGGCCUACGCCUCGACAAGUGGACCGCGUUCCACGAGAAGAAAGCCGCCGCCGAGAAGCUUGCCCUCCGCCGGAAGGCAUCCGAGCUUGGCGUCCUUGACGCCGCGAGAUGCCCACCGGGUCGCCGACACAGCUCGAGGCCUGCCACCGACGCCCACUCCACCACGACCACCACCAGCAGCUCAUCCUCCGAAUCGAGCGGCGUGUCCUCCUCCGAGAAUGAUUCGGCUUUCUUUUCGAGACGGCAGAAGGCGGCGGGAUGGAAGAACCACCCUCCCCCGCUGGUUAUCCCGCAAAAGAAGCACGCAUAUGCGGCGGCGCCGCAGGAUUUCUUCCCGAGUCGGAAGCCCGAGGGAUUUGGAGGCAAGGGCAGAGGAAUCCGCGGGACGAAGCUCUAUGACGAGUUGAAGAAGGUGAAGCAGCCGAUCUCCCCCGGUAGCCGAAUCGCCAGCUUCCUCAACUCCCUUUUCGCCACCGCCAAGAAGGCCAAGCUCUCCUCCUCCGCCACCUCGCGGCCGCCGGUCGAUCCCCUAUCCUCUUUUUUCCCCGACACGUGCUACGCACCGACCUACUCCUCGUCAUCCACCGCCACAACGACGCCGUCAUCGAGGUCGUGCUUGAGCAAAACGCCGUCGACCAGGGGGAACGGAGUGCGGAGGUCGGUGAGGUUCUACCCAAUGAGCACGAUCGUCGGGGAGGACUCCAGGCCCUGCGGCCACAAAUGCCUGUACAGCCCCCCGGGUGAGGCAGAGAAGGUGGUCGCGCCGCUUAUGAGCGAGAGGGUGAGGGCGCGGGACCUCAUUGUCUCGGAGUUCCAGAGGAAGUCGGCGACGUCUCGAGUCACCGGACUUCCGCCGGUCAGAAAAUCAAACGACGACCAAUUUACGGCACAGUUAGAAGUAGAAGAAGACGAUGGAAGCGACGUGGAGACGGCGAGCUACUCGAGCUCCGAUCUGUUCGAGUUGGAGAAUCUGACGGCGGUGGGCUUCAAGGAGCUGCCCGUCUACGAAACCACCAGCCUGGAGACGAACCAGGCCAUCGCCAAGGGGUUAAUUCUGUAAUUACUGCUCUAAAUAGGGUCCCUUGUUUCCUCCUCUCUCUUGAAGUUUUUAAUUGGUGAAAAUAGUUUUGUUCUUCUUCCACUUUCCUCUCCUAUCGUUACGCGUUUGUGCUUGGAGGUUGGAAUUUGUUGGGUAGGAAUAAUUUUGGUGGGUUUCUCAUGGAAUAGUCUUUCUCACAGUAAGUAUUCUUGUAGUUAAGAAAUCUAUGGUGAAUACUUUUGUUUCUCUCUCUUUC